AUGACCUGCAAGGUACGCAAGUCAAGAAGCCAAUCCGAAUAUUUAAAAAUGUGUGCUCUUCUGCUUUUAAUACCUAUAGUUAAUGAACGUGAAAACAAGUCUAUCAACGCCGUAGAAGAUUAUGUGACAUACCUCCUUUCUGCUGUCAGAGUCGCCCUUAAGUCGCAAGAUCUGUACUCAUCCCUCCACAAACAUCAUCUGCGAGAUCUCCUACGUGGACUUAAUGGCCUUACUCGUUUUGAUGCUAAUAAACGACUGCUGCUAGAAGGUCACAUUCUCGAUGACAUUACGACAAUGUUGGAAAUUGCAAAAGUUCUUCCUGAAUUGAAGGUGAAUACAUUGCUUCAGUCUCCUGUUCCUAACACUAACUCAGACAAUUUGGCCACAGAAGUAGUAAGGUUGUUGUGGCAACUUUGCUUCCUAUCCGAAACGAGAGAGCAGUUAUCUCAGCAUCCAUCACUUAUUAGUCUCUGUCGCGAAUUUGGUGACAGCAGUCGCUCGCCAACUUGUCGGGAAACGGUUGAGGGCUUUUUGUGGUCACUUUCUCAACCACUGACGGACUUCGAAGGGGGAAAUAUUAAAUAUACCCCCCUCUCGGCCACUGGUAAUCCCUAUGGGUACAUUGUUUUUGCUUGCAAUCGGACAAACCAUCGCAAAACUGUAGAUUUCUUAAAGCGAUCACUUAAACGACGCGGCUACAAUGUGUAUUUUGAACCUGAGAGGAUGGAAAUGGAGAAAGCGCUAGAAGACGCAUCUGCUUUGAUCCUCUGCCUAAGUUACUCCUUUAGCACUUCUCCAUUUUGCCGGCAGCAGGUUCUCUCCGCUCUGUCUUACGGUGUAGCCCUUGUACCAGUGCUUCUGGAAAGCAACUACGAACCGGAAACCUGGCUCCAUUACCUUCUUGCAACCGUCAUCUACACAUCAUUUACUGACCGCGAUGACUUCGAGCGGGCUGCCGAGUCCCUAUCUUUGGCUCUCACGAAGUACGGGAUUGUAAGGGCAAUCACCAGUACGGACGAUGAUCCCGAUCCCUCUGAGUCCGUCUCUCCACCUUCCGUUGCAUCACCAUGGCGCUCUAUUGCUCUAAAGAACCACACGGGACCGGGAGUCCGUCUGCAAUUGUUGUCAGAGUCAAGCAAUGCUUCAACUCCAACCCCUGGUGAAUGCGCUACUGCAUCUGUCUGCCAAAAUUGUCAGCGCUCAUCCUUUUCUACCUUCUCGCGUCUUCGGAGUGGGAGUUGCAGUGGGUCUCAGGCAUUCUUGGUCUGGAGUAACGGUGAGGAGAGUGUGGCCAGCUCGAGACUGCAGUCGCAGCAACAAUGGGAGGAGGAGCAAGAGGCUGUACUGGCUUACCAGGCGCCCUCGCCGGCCGUACGAUUGUGGGACGUGGAGCGGGUGCAGCGAUGGCUGGGGGAGAGCGGGCUGGCACACUACACUCAGGCCCUCAGCUGGCUUGACGGCAAUCUACUGUGGGAGCUUGCCUGGCAUCGCAUUCGCAGCUGCAACGCCUUCUUCUCCAAUCUUGAGCACCACCUCAACAUGCCACAGCACGAUCAAGUCCUCUUCUUCAACACCCUCGCCCUCCUUGCCGACUACACAACGCAAAACUUCGCUACAAACUAA